AUGAGGAGCUGUGAGAUUACUAGAGUAACAAAUAAUGAUUUAGAAUCUCUUGUAGCUGAGGAAAAAGAAUUGAUGGAAAUUGGGUGGUGGAGAAACUAUAGCAACAUAGGUAUUCACCAUUGUAAAUGGCCUGGUGUUAGAUGUAGUUCUGCUGGAAGUGUCAUCAAGAUUGAUCUUAGUGGCCAUGGUCUAAAUGGGAGUAUAACACAUCAAAUAGGUGCACUUUCCAAACUCAAGUGCCUCAACCUGUCCUCAAAUAAUCUUAAAGGUCUUUUGACCAAUCUCAUUCACUUGAUUAUGAACUCUAAUCCAUUACGGAGCAUCAUCCCUUCCCAAAUAUGGAACCUGAAAACCCUACUGACUCUCCUUCUCAGAAACUGGCAACUCUAUGGUUUCAUUCCACCAAAUAUUGGAAACCUGAAGAAUUUGGUUAAUUUCCAUCUCUCAAACAACAUGCUUGUUGGUCUAAUCCCAUCUUCUAUCAACAACUUAACCAAUCUCGCAUCAUUGGUUCUUUAUGGAAACCAACUUCAUGUAUUCAUUCAACAAGAAAUUGGGAGACUGACAAUUUUGAUUACAUUGGAUCUAUCUUCUAAUAUGCUUGUUAGUCUAAUCCCAUCUUCUACCAACAACUUAACUAAUCUUGCAUCAUUGGUUCUUUAUGGAAACUAA